UCGACUGUGUCAAUUUCUGGCGGGAAAAUGUAGCGAGAGCAGGAGAUACAUUGAACCGGGAGGGAGCUGAGUGCUACUGCCUUAACAGGUCUAUCCCUUACACCAGCAUGGUCCUCCUCCGGGAGGGGAUCUGUCCUGGAGCCACCGCCCAACUCAUCCAGGCUUUGAGAGAUCAGAAUAUAGUAACAGUCGUGCAGUUGGUGUCUGCAGAUAUUGAAGACCUGGCGCAGAAAAGCUCCGUUUCCUAUAAGACACUGGUCGCUGUGAGGAGGGUGCUGCUUGUCCAAUACUCUCCAUUCCCUUCCAAUGGGACAGAUUUCUAUGAGGAGCUGCUGGCUUCCACGGCCAUCCUGUCAACUGGAAACCAGAGCCUGGAUGCGUUGCUGGACUCGGGCCUUUACACUGGAGAGCUAAUGGAGUUUGUUGGAGCACCGGGCAGCGGCAAGACACAGGUAAGGCCAUUUGAUCUUUAA